CAGAAUCGGCUGGCGGCCAACAAGUGUCGCGCCAAAAGCAAGGCUGCUGCCGCCCUCCUCGAGGUCCAGAGCCGGGACGUCCGCGUCGCGCACGAAAAGCUAAAGGGCACUGUUACCGAGCUCAAGGAAGAGGUAUACCAUCUGAAGGAGCAACUGUUCAGGCACGUCGACUGCGGCUGCACGCUGAUCCGUGACUACCUGAGCUACACCGCACACCAAAUUGUUGAUGAUGCA